AUGUCAAACGUCUUUGGUUUCUUCCUCUUCACCGUCUUCAUGUCCCUCUGCGCCAUUCUUGGCGUGAAGAGCCUGGAGGGGUCGUUGUUCAUGACGGAGGAGAUGUACAAGAACUUCAAGGUCGGGCUGGAGUCCUUGUCGAAGCUGACGGACGCAGACCCCGGUGACGUCUACAACGGCUUCCUGCGGAAGCGCGCAGAGCUCGCCGGGGUCGAGUUCGAUGAGGAGUCUCCAACUUUGGAGCAGAAAGCCAUCGUGCGCCUCAGCUGCCUCACGCGGAUCUUCGAGAAGGAGAAGGGGAGUCUCGUCUUCGAGGCGUUUAUGUCGCUGCCGCCUCGUGUCCGCCAGGAGCUCACUGGCUUUCUGAACGCCGACGGCUUGAGCAAGAGGGGCUUUCUGUUGAUGCACUCGCCGAACUUGAUGUGCAACGCCUUUCAAAACAAGAACCUCAGCCUCGACAAGGCUAUGCGGCAGUUGCUCAAGAUGUAUCAGCUCUCGGAGGAAGCGUUUCCCGCCCCUGCAGAUGGCGAAGCUGGGGUCAUCACCGUCAUGGUGGAAGAGAUGGCGACGCACGCGAAGAAGUGCGAGGAUGCCGAGUCUUUCGACAGCACGAACCUCGAGGUCAGCAAGUUCCAGGGCGUUAAUGCCGACCGUACUGCCAAGAUUGUGCUGAGCCCUUGGCAGAACAACACGGACAAGCGUCUCCUCAUCAGCCUGGACGAAGACGUCCCUGGGCCAAACUCAGAAUCCAUCCGCCGCCGCUGGAUUACGGAGUACGGCCCAGUACCUGCCACCCAGCUGCCUUUGGCAGACUUAGUGGAUGAUGCAACGCUCGGAUGCUGUCGCCGACUGACUGCUGCUGCGACAACGCACGCCCCACUGCCCGAGGGUCAGAUAGGAGAGUUCUUCACCAUGGAUCAGUUCCACGGCUCUUUCAAGCCCUUGCUGAAAUCCUGGAGUGCACCUUCAGGCUUCUGUGGUGCCAUGGCUGUGGCUGGGGUCGAGCUACUCUUCGAAACGCUUAUCACGGGACCAUUGGGCGUUGCUGGGACACCCCAGGCACCUGACUUCAUGUCAGAUCUUGCAUCCACGCCCCUCUGCUCCCUGGACUUAAUGCCACCGCGAGCUGAGUCAAUCAUGAAGCAACUCCACAGCCGGCGGACCAGCUACAUCCAAGACCAUGCCGCCAGCUUUGAUGCCAAGGGCGCUCGACAGAAAUAUUUGAGCGCUUGGUAUGCGAACUACGAGCUGUCUGACGUUCUCCGGGAUUACUGCGCGCAACAGCGGGCGAUGGGUGUGCCAGAUGACCUCCUUGACCAGGUUCUCUUUUUGCGGGAAAAUCAGUGGCCAGCAUACGCUGAUGCUGAACAUGAGGAGCGGGAGCGGCUGCUUGAGGAGCAAUGCUUCGGAGGUUGCAAGGUGACUACGGAGAGUGGGAGUGAAGGUCUACGAUUCGAUCCAAAGAAGGGAGAUCGCUCGGUGAUUGUGGAGAUUCCAAACAGAGGGCUCUUGCUGCGUGCAGAUGAAUGGGAGGUCCGGUGUGCAGCAACGGCUGGAUUUCCGAGGAUAGCUUGUCUCGAUGUGGGUGGCCACUUUACCUGCGCGGUGUUCUUCGAAGCACCUGCUGGCGAGGGAGGUCUCACGCCAACUACACUACAUUUCAACACCACGAAGAGCAAGUAUUGCAACCGCCACAUGUUACAGCUUGCUCACUUCCUCUUCGCAAUGCGAGCUCCGGUCGCACCAGGCGCCGGUCAAGGACUGAGCUUAGAGUCUGCGGCCUCAUCACUCACCCGCGAAGCCUUCGUCAUUUACGACUCUGAUUGA